AUGGCUCUAAUGGAGUGGCAUGACGUUCCCGUACUCAAAGAUGAGUACGAUUCAGACGGCGAAUCUCGACGAGAGAGAAACGAUUACGAACUCGAAAAAUCUAUUGAAGAGUUUGAAGAUGAGCCUCGAGUUCAACAUGAUGAGUAUCCGGAUACAGAGAGUGAUGAAGAGGAGAAGGAAGCAGAUGAGAAUGGUGAACAUGAGCAUGGUCAACGCAAUCCAAAGAGGAGCGAGCCGAAGAGAGGAGCUGGGAACUUGUUCGAAGGGUAUGACAAAGAUCGAAUCGCUUUUCAUUGUGGAGGCAAAAACUGCAAUUGGUAUGUGUAUUGUUCUAUCUCGGGAAAAACCAGCAAGUGGCAAGUGAAGGUGUAUAGGGGUAAACAUAUUUGUGACGUGAAUGGAGAGUGUGAGAUGUUAAAAGUUCAUGUGAUUGCAAGAUUGUUUCUGCAUAAGAUUCGAGAUGAACCUGAGUACUUCAUGCCAAUGAAGAUUGAAGAAUUGAUCAAGAGCUGUUUCAGGAUCGUCGUGACAAGGGCUCAGUGCCAAACUGCUAGAAACAAAGCUCUGAAAUGGAUAAGGAGAGAAUAUGAGGAUCAGUUUUCAAGACUCCGAGAUUAUGGAGCCGAGAUACUCGAGUCUAAUCCGGAUUCUUCUGUGGAUAUUGACUGCAUACAGAAUGCAGAAGGUUUAGAUGUCUUCAACAGGUUCUACGUUUGCUUUGAUAUCAUUAGGAGAAAGUGGAAAGAGACUUGUAGGCCGAUUAUAGGAGUUGAUGGGACCUUCUUAAAAUCAACGAUAAGUGGGCAGUUGUUGGUAGCUUUAGGUAGAGAUGCUGAUAAUGCUAUAUAUCCUAUAGCUUGGGGUAUUGUGCGAGUUGAAAACACAGACAACUGGUUGUGGUUUAUGAACAAAAUCAAAGUUGAUUUGGGCUUAGAAGAUGGUGACAACUACAUUCUUGUAUCGGACAGGCAAAAGGGAUUGAUAAGCGCAGCAAAAAAGACUCUGCCUAAGAUCGAACAUAGAAUGUGUGUUAGGCACAUCUAUGGAAACUUAAAGGCUAAGCAUGGAAAGAAGCCGGAGAUGAAGGGAUUAGUUUGGCAGCUAGCUUGGAGCUACAAUGAGGCUGAUUUUAGAGCGAACUUGGAGCAGAUUAAGGAGUGGGACUUCGUUGUUUACCAAGAUAUUAUGAAGCAAAAACCUGAAACUUGGUGCAGGGCAUUCUACAAGAUUGGGAACUACUGUGAAGAUGUGGAGAAUAACUCCACAGAAUCGUGGAACAGCACAGUCUCCAAAGCCAGAGAAGAUGAUUGUGCAUAUGCUUGA